AUGUAUCCAGAAAUAUUGAAUGAGAAGGAAAAUGUAUAAUUAGAAUUUAGAGAGAGAGAGAGAGGAGCAAGAGGAGAGAGAGAGAGCAAUAUAUAUAUAUAUAUAUAUAUAUGAAUAUAAAUAUAAAUAUGUAACAGAGAGAUAUAUGGAGAGAAGAGGGAGGAGGGCACAUUAUUACUUUCUUUUUUUUUUUUUUUUUUGGUCUAUGAUGCACGCAUCCAUGACAGAAUAGAGGAGGGGGUACAGAGAGAAAGAGUAGAAGAGGAGAGAGAGAAAGCAGAGGAUAUGGAGGUGAAAUGGUGAUGGAGAAAGGAAUAGAUAUGGAACUCAAAAGGAAGAGAAAAAGCUGGAGGGGUUUGAAAUAGUGGCAGCAUAUGUUUUUUUGGUGAAAUGGGUGUGGCUUUGUUUCUCUUGUCUUGGAGGAGAUUCAUGGCGUUUUGUAAUAAGGAAUAUGAUUGGUGGGACUGAAGCCACCGAGCCCACCUUUUUGGUCUACAAUCUUGGGGGGUUUUUUCUCUGAUAUUUCAAGAACAUUUAAUUUUUUCUGUGAUUUUGUUUUGUCUUUUUUUAGAUGAGAGGUAUACCCUUUAAUUUUCAGGGGCAGGGAGUGUUGGAGAAGUGGAAAGAAGAAGAGGUUCUUAGCUUUCUGAGCAACGAACCCACCUCUGUUUUGGAUACGCGAAGAAGCCCAAGCCCUCCGACAUCGACAUCCACAUCGACGCUGGCUUCGUCUUUCGCCGGAGGAGGAGGAAGUACUGGUAGUGUUGGUGUUGGUGGUGGUGGUUCGGCCGACAACACACCCGGCGUGGCAGCAGGGCCGCUGGUUUCUGACAACUGUCUUCAAAAAUGGCCUGUUUCUUUGCCGCUGGAGACCAACCCACCUGAUCCCGGCGGCGUUUGUGGUGGUGGUAGCCGGAAGGACGAGUGGGCGGCGGAGCUCCAGCCCAUAACGAGUGGACUGGUGGAGCUUGUUGCCGGCGGAGCCGGAGAAGAGAGAUGUGGUGGUCUUGGUCUUGGGCUGGAGGAUUGGGAGAGCAUGUUAUCGGAAUCGGCAGCCGCUUCGCCGGGCCAUGAGCAGUCGCUUCUCGGAUGGAUCUCCGGCGACGUCGAUGACCCGUCAUUCGGUCUGAAACAUCUCUUGCAGAGUGGAGGAAAUCCUCUGGAGUUUGACGGCAAUGCCGGGAUGGGAAUGCUCUAUCACAGCGGUGCCGUGUUUGAAGCUUCAGGCGCUCCGGCCACUGGUAAUCUGAUCACAACCUUGAAUCCGUCUUUUUUAGGUAUCGGUGGUUCUGGGUUUUCUGCAAAUAAUAACAACAAUGGAAAGAUUGCUUCAAUCGCACAGAACCUCUCCACAGGGGUUGUUAAUUACAAAGCUUCUACUGUUGGGUUGAACAAUAACUAUAAUCCCCAAAAUCCCGUUUUCUCAGGAUCACUCAACAACCUUCCUUUACCGGUUUCGUUAUCUCCUGGUAUGAUUUAUCAGCAGCAACAGCAACAGCAACAGCUGGAAACCCCUGAAGAAAAGCCUCAGAUUUUCAAUGCACAACCGGCAAUUAAUCACCAUCAACGGUCCCAAAAUCCUAACUAUUUUCCGGUACCGCCCUACACCCAACAAGACCAGCACCACCUCCUUCAGCCGCCUCAAGCCAAGCGGCACAACCCUGGCGGUCUGGACCCGAACUCUCAGAUGCCAAAAGUCCCUUUUGCUGAUCUGGGUCAUGAGUUUUUACUCAGAAGACAGCAGCAGCAGCCACUGUGUUUCACUAACCAGCUGCAAUUGCUUCCACAACAUCAGCUUCAGCAGAAGCCGUUGAUGUUGAGCAAGCAGAAGAUGGUGGGAGGCGGGGAAGAAAUGGCGCCCCAAUCCCAUCACCAGCAGCAGCAGCAGCAGCAGCAGCAACAACAACAGGCUUUGCUGGACCAGCUCUGCAAGGCAGCAGAGCUGGUAGGCACUGGGAAUUUCUCAAUCGCGCAAGGGAUAUUGGCGCGGCUCAAUCAUCAGCUCUCCCCGGAAGGAAAGCCGUUUCAGAGGGCUGCUUUCUACUUCAAGGAGGCUUUGCAACUGAUCCUUAUGAAUAACAACCCAGCCGCCUCCCCUCCACUAAGGAGUCCCACACCAUUUGACGUCAUCUUCAAGAUGGGUGCUUACAAGGAGCUUCCUGUGAGGAAUAGGGGUGCCCCAUCAUUGAAAAUUACAGCCCUUGCCUCUCCUUCCACCACCCACCAUCCCCUGGAGCUCAAGCUUUUGCGUGAAAAUCUAACACUAUUUGCUGAUGAAAUUGGAAUUGCCUUUGAGCUUCAAGUGGUGAACUUUGAUUCCUUCGACCCCGUUUCCUACUCAAUGCCUUAUUUUCGAACCUCUGAAAAUGAGGCAAUUGUGGUGAAUUUCCCUAUCUGGUCCUCUUCCAAUCACCCGGCUGCCCUGCCCUUGCUCCUGCGUUUUAUAAAGCAGCUCUCACCUAAGCUUAUGGUCUCUUUGGAUAGAGGUUGUGAUCGAGGUGACCUCCCAUUGCAGCAACAUCUCCUGCAUGGCAUCCAAUCCUACACCAACCUCUUGGAAUCUCUUGAUGCUACUAAUGCGAUGACAGACACUGUAAGCAAAAUUGAGAGGUUCCUCUUCCAGCCGAGGAUAGAAAGCACUACUCUGGGUCGACUCCGUUCCCCCGACAAAAUGCCUCCUUGGAAAACACUCUUUGCCUCAGCUGGAUUCACACCUGUAUCCUUCAGUAACUUCACCGAAAGUCAAGCAGAUUGUGUGGUGAAGAGGACACUUGUGAGGGGAUUUCAUGUUGAGAAGCGUCAGGCAUUGCUCAUUCUCUGCUGGCAGAAUCGGGAGCUCAUCUCGGCUUCUGCUUGGAGGUGCUGAGGAUCAGCAAUUUGGCAGGCAGGAGAGUCUCGGAGCGGUUCACUUUUCUCUAUAGAGGUGCCGACUUAUUUUCUUUGAUAUUAAAUCAAUAAAUCUCUAACUAUGGAGCUGGCACCUGUUUUGUGACCUAAUUCUUGUGAAUGCUCUUGCUUGUGAAUCUCCUUUGCUUGUCAUCUAUCUCAACUAGAUAGACUGGUUUCCUAGUAAAACAAAACAUUUAACUAGAAUUUGAGUAGUCUUCUUUCAUUAAUCUUUUUCUUGAACAUGGGUAUCGAUAUAUGUGUUUUAUUGUUUUAAUGAUGAUGAGAGGCCAAACUUUCAUCUGGUUAAGGUGGUGAUAUUUUGUUGUAUAUUUGUUCACAAAGGAGAAUCAGCAAUGGAAAAUGAACUUAACCUGCCAGAA